AUGGGCUGGUUUCGACUCGUCUUUUCUGUUCUAACAGUGACCUUGGUACAAUCCCAAACUCGUCAGAUUUUAAAAGUAGGAUUACUAUUUGUCCAAAAUGUGACUUCGUUGGAAGUUGGAAUUGGGUACCGUACUUCUGCUUCUGCGGUUUUGGUUACAAGAGAUAGAAUACGGGCGGAACAUUUAUUGGACAGUUUUGAUUUUGAAUUUAUAUCCGAGUUUGAUGAAUGUGAUGAGGUUCAAGCAGCUGGAAAAACGGUGGAUCUCCUUGCAGUAAGGAAUGUCGACGUUAUCUUUGGUCCUACUUGUUCUCGUCCUGCAAUCGCUGCAUCUGGCCUAGCUGCCUACUACAACAUACCAAUAUUUGAGUGGGGACUUACCACAUCAUUAGAUUUGACAUAUCGUGCCCGAUUCCCCACUACAGUUCCAUUUUCCAUCAACUCGUUCAGCCUUGCUCUGGCGAUACGAGGGUUGAUGAAAGAGUUCGAGUGGGAUCAGUUCGCUUUUAUGUAUUCAAAUGACGGAGAUGAAGAAAAGUGUGAAUCGCUGAAAAAUGAUAUACAGACUGUCGCUUCUUUGCAUAACGAUAUCACACUGGCGUUCACUUAUCAAAUUGCUUCGAAGAGUUUGGUGGAUAUGAGGGAGGCUGUUAAGAUUGUGAAGCAGCGAGGGAGAAUUAUUGUGACAUGUGUCCCUGCUGGAAAUGGAUCAAAAAAGACAAUCAUGCAAGCAGUCACCGCAGAAGAUGCGAAUACAAGUGAAUACGUUUACAUCAUGGCAGAGACCAAUUCGAGAGGAUUUAUUGUUGACGACUUUGGUGGCGAGUGGCAUUAUUUAUGGGAAGGGUCUUCAAAUAGUGUCAAUGGACUUUCUGUGGAAGAAUCGAGAAAAUCAAUGACAAAUCUUCUUUUUCUUGUUGACAACAUGGGAAUGAAUGAAGAAGUGACUCCUCAAUACUUGAAUUUCUCGAGUCUAGUUAUUCAAAUGAUGAAGGAACCACCGUUUUAUUGUGUUGAAGACUGUACUGAUGCUAAGUAUUCUUCUGUUGCAAAAUACGCUGGGCAGCUUGCUGACGCAUUCUAUGCAUACGCAGUCGCAGUAAACAGAACUCUUACAGCAAACUCUACAGCGAAUUAUAGAAAUGGGUCACUGAUUCUGGAAAAUAUUGCAAUGACAUUCCAAGGAGUCGGUGGAGGCGAUGUGGUAGUCGAUCCAGACUCGGCGCGUCGCUCUUUGAUCUACUUCAUCGGUCUAAAUUCGUCUCUUCUUCCUCAAACAUACGCUAGACUCUUGAUAAAUAAUCAAUCCACUGAAUUCAUAAAAUACUACGAAAAUGAGUCGAAAGAUGUGUGGAAUGGAGGAGAACGGCCGAGUGCGAGACCAACUUGUGGGUUUACAGGAACAGAGUUUCCUGCGAAUUUUGUGAGGGACUAUCUGGCUAUCACAGUUGUUAUUUUUAUUUUCAUCAUUUUUGCGAUUCUUGCUGCAAUCGGAGGUUUGUUGUACGCUAUAAGAAUGAGACAAAAAGAAAUCGAGAAGCAAGAUCUAUUAUGGCAAGUUGGGUUUGCGGAGCUCCAAGUUAUACAAAAGAAGUCUCGCGCGGAAUCCAGUCAGCGUUCAUUUGCAAGCGGUCCAUCUACUUCUACAAAACUUACAAUAGAAAGCAGGAAGGAAACAUCACGAUACUUAUUUUAUGUUUGCAGGAACGAAAUAGUUGCUGCGAACAAACAUGAAUUAAGAAUUUUGCUGACAGAAGAAAACAGAGUACAAAUGAGACAGAUGAGAAUAUUAGACCACGAAAACAUGAAUAAGACCCUUGGGAUUUGUCUGAAUGGUCCCCAGCUUCUAUCCAUCUGGAAGUACUGCUCAAGAGGUUCUCUGUCAGAUGUGAUCAGUAAAAGUUCAAUGCAAAUGGAUAACUUCUUCAUGUUUUCUCUAAUACGUGAUAUUGCAAAUGGUCUUGGAUAUAUUCACUCGUCGUUUCUAGAAGUACAUGGACAUCUCACUUCUAGAAGUUGUCUUAUUGAUGAUCGGUGGCAAAUCAAAAUUUCGGAUUACGGCUUCAGCUUCCUUAGGGUUCAUGACCGGAUUGAUAAGCAAAAGAUGCUCUGGAUUGCUCCUGAACUGCUACGAGAAGAAUGGAGUGAGAGAACACAAGAAGGAGAUGUCUAUAGCUUUGCAAUUGUAUGCGCCGAGUUACUAACCAGAUCAUCUGCGUUUGAUAUUGAGAAUCGGAGAGAGACUGAAGAAGAAGUAAUUUAUAACUUAAAGAAAGGUGGAUUCAACGCACCUCGUCCAUCAUUAGACGUUGACGAAUCAUUGGAGACAAAUCCAGCAUUAUUGCAUUUAGUCAGAGACUGUUGGACGGAGAAACCAUCGGAGAGGCCAACAAUAGAGCAAGUGAAGAGUCAGCUGAAAAGUAUGAGCAAUGGGAAUAAGAGGAAUCUAAUGGAUCAUGUAUUUGAUAUGUUGGAGACGUAUGCAUCAACAUUGGAGAAUGAAGUAUCUGAAAGAACAAAAGAGUUGGUGGAGGAGAAGAGGAAAUCAGAUGUAUUACUGUAUAGAAUGUUGCCAAAAAGUAUCGCAGACAAGUUAAAAUCUGGAAACGUGAUUGAGCCGGAAACAUUUGAACAAGCUACAAUAUUCUUUUCGGAUGUUGUCCAGUUCACUACUUUAGCCAGUAAAUGUUCUCCAUUACAAGUUGUGUCACUUCUAAAUGAGUUGUAUACAGUCUUCGACAGCAUUAUUGAAAAACAUGAUGUUUAUAAGGUGGAAACAAUUGGUGAUGGAUAUCUUUGUGUGUCUGGACUACCGCAUCGCAAUGGAAAUGAACACAUUCGUCAUAUUGCGAGAAUGGCAAUUGAAUUCAUUUCUAGCUUAAGCACAUUUCGUAUAGGUCAUAUGCCAAAUGAACGGAUAAAUUUGAGAAUUGGAAUUAACUGUGGUUCGGUGGUUGCUGGUGUUGUAGGUCUUACAAUGCCUCGUUACUGUCUUUUUGGAGAUUCGGUUAAUACAGCAAGUCGUAUGGAGAGUAACGGAAAACCUGGAAAAAUCCAUGUGUCAUUGGAAGCUAACAGAAUGAUCACACAAGGAGGAUUCCAAACUGAAUCUCGAGGCGAAGUGAUUAUCAAAGGGAAAGGAGUCAUGGAGACAUUUUGGCUGUUGGGAGAGGAUACUCAUGUAAAAACAAAUUUGAAAAACAUUGCUGAGAAUCAUUACUCAUCAGAAUUAUGA